GAGCCCUUCUGGGGUGGGAGGUGGUGCUGAGGGCCGGGAAGACCAGGGAGGCCCCGGGGCCCGGCACAAUACUAUGCGGUACAUGGGGGCGGGUGCCGUGGCCGCCGAGGGGAGAGAGGGGGGCUGGUGACCACUUCAGACCUCUCGCUUGUUUACUGGGCGUUACGGCUCCAGAACGAAGAAGGCUCGCUCGCUGUGAUCCCCUCACUUCUACAACUGGAAGCACGCAGAAUAUCCCUUGGAUGGAUGGAUGGAUUUAAAACAUUUAUAGGCCGCCUUAUGCCACAGGAUCUCGGGGCAAGUUGCAGAGUUUGUCAUCCCAAAUCUUUUGCCACGCGAAUGCAAGAGGAGUAUCUCAAGAGAUGCUGCAGCCGACUAAACACCAGACCUGUAUUUGGAGGUAUCAGAUCUCGAAUUGGAGUCCCACAAACUUUCCUAAGCAGACCAGCACCAAGUGUUGGUUUUCAGCGGACAUUUGAUGCACGUCAAAAGAUUGGUCUUACUGAUGCCCGGCACAAAAUUGGUGUGAAAGAUGCCCGAGAGAAACUACUUCAGAAAGAUGCCAGGUUCAAAAUCAAAGGGAAAGUACAAGAUGCCCGGGAGAUGCUCAAUUCCCGAAAGCAACAAAGUGUCGAGAAGGUGACCAAAGUUGUUGAUGCUAGAGAAAAGAUUAGCUUGAAAAGGAGUGCUCCGACUGCAGCUGCUGUGAACACUGUUGGGGAAACAGCGGCUCCUGCUGUGAAAAUCACAAAAACAAUUCAACAGAAGGCUGCAGUUCCAUCACAUACUCACCCUGCGGGUAUGAAGGUCAACAUUGUGAAUAAUCACACAAAUAAACAGUGCCUGUAUGACGAGGAAGAUGAUGAUGAGCCUGUGAUUUCCCUUCCUAACAAACAGAUGAAAAUUACCACCAGAAACAGCUUUCUGCAUAGUGCGGCUGGACUUAGUGGCAACAAGUUCUCUCUGUCAAAGACCGUUCCCCUCACAAAAGUGGUCCAGAAUGAUGCUUAUACAGCCCCGCCAGCUCCACCUUCCCCCAUUCAGACAAAGGCCCUAACAAAUGUGUCUCGAACCUUGGUGACCAAGGAAGAACCCCCUAAAGAACCUGCACCAGUUGAGCCUGUCUUCAGCCCUUUGGAAGGUACUAAGAUGACUGUGAACAAUUUGCAUCCUAGAGUUACAGAAGAGGACAUUGUUGAGUUAUUCUGUGUUUGUGGUGCCCUGAAGCGAGCCCGUCUAGUACAUCCUGGAAUGGCUGAAGUGGUAUUUGUGAAGAAGGAAGAUGCUAUCACCGCAUAUAAGAAAUACAACAACAGAUGCCUCGAUGGGCAGCCAAUGAAAUGCAAUCUUCAUAUGAAUGGAAGUGUUAUCACUUCAGACCAACCUAUAUUGCUUCGAUUGAGUGACACUCCAUCAGUGAAGAAGGAAGGUGAAUCACGUCGGACAAGUGCAGGAGCCUCCUCAAAUCCACCACCUGAAGUGGAUCCUGAUAUCAUUUUGAAGGCCCUGUUCAAAUCCUCGGGGACCUCUGCUUCAGUGCAGCCUACAGAGUUCAAAAUCAAACUUUGAGCAGUAAAAGGCGAGGAGUGGACUGGAAAAUUAGUUGAGCGUGUGAAAUGGAUAGGUGCAGGGGUGCAACUGUUCUGUUGCCCAUGCUGAAAUCUUUCGUUUUGGGUUUUUUUGUUUUUUUAUAUAAUUGCUACC